CUGCAUUUUUUAGGAAUCAGGCUGUCAUGCUCUUGGAAUCCUCCCGACUUUCUUACCGAAGUCGUUACCCUGGACCCACCGCUUUUCCCAACGAUGAUGAUUCCGGAUAAGGAAUGUCGCAAGCUAAUAGAUCAAUUUUCAAAAAUUGAAGAGCUUCCUUAUCAACCUCCUGGUAGAAUUCCCAGUGCUUCUCAC